AUGCCCACAGUACCUCAAGGUGGAAAAGUCCUGGUCUCAGGAGCGAAUGGCUACAUUGCUAUGUGGAUUGUGAAAAUUCUUCUUCAACAGGGAUACCGCGUUCGGGGGACCAUGCGCUCAGCAGAGAAGGGUAAAUUCAUGAGCGAUUAUUUUGCGAAGCUCGGUUACGGGGAGGCAUUCGAGUUUGUGAUUGUCCAAGAUAUCAUCAAGGAUGGCACGUUCAACGAAGCCGUCAAAGACGUUGAUGCUAUUGAGCAUAUGGCAUCCCCAGUCCACUUCAAUCCCGGCGACCUGCAAGAAACAUUGAAGCCUGCCAUCCAGGGAACAGUCAGCAUGCUCAAGAGCACCAUGAAAAAUGGCACAAAUGUCAAACACAUCAUGAUCACAUCAUCCACCGCGGCUAUCACGUCUCUGAACCUUGAUCUAUUCACUGAGCCUAGGAUUUUCAGUGAACAGGAUUGGAACGAAGCUUCGCCAAAGGAAGUUGAAGAGCUUGGUUCAAAGGCUUCGGCAACUACCAUCUACUGUGCAUCCAAGUCCCUUGCAGAGAGAGCCGCAUGGGAUUUCUACAACGAGCACAAGGCACAGGUUCAAUGGGAUCUGACCGUUAUCAACCCUCCUGCCGUCACAUAUGAGAGCAGCCAUGGUGGGACUAACUACGUAGCUGAGAUGUGA